AAAAGGAGUUUAUUUUAUGACAAAGAGACGAGAGCAGAGCAAGGGAAGAAUCUGACCUAAAAGCUCAGAACCUCAUGUUUGUUCUGAUUUGAAGGCACCAUGAACAACACAGCAAACCUGACACCUCAUCAAGAUUUGUGGCGCAAUGUGACGGUUGCAAACACCACCUCAUUUUACCGUCCUGCUGUGGACCCAGUGAUUGGCAAUGUCAUUACAGUAAUGUUUACAAUCAUAAUCAUCAUCACCAUGGUUUCACUUGGAUGCACCAUGGAGGUGUCUAAGAUCAAGAAUUACAUCAUGAAACCUAAGGGUUUGGCUAUUGCAGCUAUGGCCCAGUAUGGGAUCAUGCCUCUUACAGCCUUUUGCUUAGUUAAGGGGUUCCAGUUGAGUGAUAUAACAGGUGUGGUUGUUCUGGUAUGUGGCUGCUGUCCUGGAGGAAUUUUCUCCAACUCCAUGUCUCUGGCUAUACAGGGGGACAUGAACCUCAGCAUCGUGAUGACUUCCUGCUCUACAGUGUUGGCUCUGGGUAUGAUGCCUCUCCUGCUCUACAUCUACUGCCAGGGUUUCCCCAGCGUGCAGAACACUGCCCCUCAUGGUGAAAUUAUGUUAUCGUUGGUCUUGAUCCUUGUCCCGUGUAGCAUCGGCAUCAUCAUCAAGAUCUACAGGCCACAGUACUCGAAGAAGUUCACGAAGGUUUGUGCAUACUGACAGGAGAAUGAAGGUCAGACAGAUCACUAAAACUGAUUAACAGUGUUGAUUAUUCAGUUGGUAAAGGAAUGGCAAAUAAAGACUUCAAUGACUCAUAUUUUAAAUAUUUGUUUAACAAAAAAAACCCCAAACAAAACGGAAAACCUGUAGAUUACAUCAUCCUACAAAUUCUAGAAUUUGCAGAUUUUUUUUUCUUAACUUGACACACAGAGAAACUGAAUAACUUUGUCUUCAGACAAGUCUAAACAUCUUUCUCUAAACUCAAAUAAUUCCUAAUGAUACCUAACGGCAGUCAGAGAGCUGUUGCCUAGCCUGUAGAGUUCUGUGCGUCACUUUGAUAUGCUUCCGCAGACCAUCACUGACCCACCACCAUACUAAACAGUAUUACAGGCAGCAUACUGUUUGCCAUGGCUUCUCCAGACCCUCCACAGUGUCAGGGACAGGGUCCACUAGAGGACGACUGGCCCUCAGGCCACCCUUAUGAAAGAGACAUUCACAGAAUUUUUUAGGGCUCUGACAGUGCUCAUCCUGUUCCUUUUUGCACAAAGGAGUUACCUGUCCUGUUGAUGGGUUAAGAACAUUCUAAGGUCCUGUCCAGCUCUCCUUGACAGGGCCUAUUAACUGGCUGCAUACCACAGGCCUCCAAACACUUGACCCAGCUGUCUUAUCAAGUUAUAGGCCACUGUCGAACCUUCCUUUUCUUUCAAAACUUCUUCAAAGAGUAGUUGUAAAACAGCUAUUUUCUUAUCUGUAGAAAAAAAAUGUUUAUUAGAAGAGUUCAGUCAGGUUUCAGAACUCAUUACAGUACUGAAAAGCCAUUAAUGAAGGUAACAAAUGACCUUCUUAUGGCCUCUGACAGUGGACUCACUUUUGUGCUUUUCCUGCUGGACCGCAGUGCAGGGUUCUGUCCUACGACCAGUUGUGUUUACAUUAUACAGACAAUAACAUUAAAGACAUAGCAUUCAUUUUCACUGGACAGAUAACACCCAACUUUAUCUAGACCUGAAUGACCUGUCAUUUUCUGCUUCUAAAUUCAGAUAAAACUGAGUUUAUUGUUCUGGGCACUAAAAAUCUUAGAAAUCAAGUCAAGUCAAUUUGCUUUAUUGUCAUUCCAACCAUGUGCAGUGGUACAGUAAAGAGUGAAAUG